AUGAAUCAUGAGAAACAAGAUGGCCAAGGCCAGCAUGAGGCAUCUCCCUCCGGGUCAGCCAUGCCAGACUCAACCCAUCCUAGGCGUUCCGAAGCUAUGACUGAUGCCGCACACGAGACACGAUCGAGUUCCGUGGAUACUGUUGAGACCCAUCCGCCUACUGCCCUCACUAUUCCAUGUCACCAUAUCCGCCUAGGUGACAUCAUUAUAAUCCAAGGCCAUCCCUGCUUCGUCCUGCGCAUCACGACGAAUGCUACCACAGGCCAAUAUCGCUACCUUGGUGUUGACAUCUUUACCAAGGAGCUCCAUGAGGAAUCCUCCUUCGUCAUCAACCCUGUCCCUGGUGUCAUCAUCCAGACUAUGCUAGGUCCCAUCUUCAAACAGUACCGGGCCAUUAGCAUAAAAGAUGGCCAAAUGGUCGUUCAGACGGAGACUAACGAUACCAGGGGAGGGAUCCCGGUCAUUGACCAGCCUGAACUCCAUGACCGAAUCAGUCAGGCUAUCUCGGCCAGCCACAGCUCUGGCGGAUCUGUUCGUGUUCUUGUCAUCGCUGAUGGCGACCGCGAGCUAGUUGUCGAUAUGAAAACCAUAAAUAAUCCAAAGCUAGCAGGUGAUCAAAGAGACCGAGAAUUUCGAGCAGCUGUCCGCGCGAAUGAUAUUUUGAAGGUUGCGGAUGCCUUAGCGGAGAAGGCAAAUAUUGAUAGUGUGGACGAGAACGGAAGGACAGCCAUUUUCGGUGCUGUUGAAAAGCGCUUCGAGAACAUGGUUGAUCUCCUCCUAGAGCAUAACAUUGACCUUGAGGUGAAGGACAAGAACGAGCAAACUGCUCUGGAGAUUUCCGCCUCCGACCCAGAGCAAUACCAGAUAACUCUCAAGCUUUUAGAAAAGGGUGCACUACCCCUGGACAUUGUUGAUAAUGACAUCACAAAACUCUUCUCGGCUGCAGCAGAAGGUAAAAAUGAAGUACUGAAUCAAUUAUUGGGUAGAAAUGUGCCGCAUACGAGUCGUGAUCGGCUCGGGUAUACGGUUCUGCAUGAGGCUGUUUGCUUUGGUCAUUACGAGGUAGCCAAGACGCUCAUCGAAAAGGGAGCCGACGUCAAUGCAAGGAUUGCACAUGGAGGUGCGACGGUGCUACACGCAGCAAUUCAGAGAGGCCGGGAGCAUCGCCGGUUUUUUACAGGAGUUCGAAGAAAUGAUCCUACUCUAAACGAGAACCACGUCAGAAUCGUGGCAUUGUUGUUGAGGAAAGCAGCCGAUACGGAGCACAGAAGGGCAUUUGAUAAGUUGACCGUGCGAGAGCUUGUGUUCGAGGAGCUUGGAUUGGCUGGAAAUUUUGAGCGGAGCUAUCUUCAGAAGAUAUUGAUCCUUCUGAACAAACCUAUUCCUCAGGAAGGGCCAAACAGAGCAUUGGCAUGGCCUCCACUGCCACAUGAUCUCAACAACGGGCAGAGUGAUCAGUUGAAAGCUUCUCCGUUGCGGGUUCAAUAUUUCACCUCUAGCCGCGAGGCUAAGACACUUCCGACCUACGUUUGGGACUUCAUAUACGAUCCAUCCGUCUCUCAAAUUCAAAGAGAGCAAGUCAAACAAUGUGAAAACUGGGCGAGGGGUGGUUAUAAUGGCGCUCAGCCAAGAAAAUACUGGAGAUGGGCACACCUUUCAGCCAAUAACAAAACUUGGGCUGAAGACGUGAUCCGCCCAUUGAGCGUCAUGGACGAUGAAACAUUUGAGAUAUAUUGGAAAGGGAUCAGAUCGUUCACUACAGAAUCAUACCAUCAGAUCAGGGGCCAGGUGCUACAUACUGGUUUUAGAAAGCCUUCCUUUACGCCUUUGCCCGGGUCACGCGGAUCGAUUUUUUCUCUAGUUAUCCCAUAUUUCGAUGCAGAGAGCCUCGAAUGCUUUCUUCAAAAACAAGGAUGCUCAUCCGAUAAUUGCAAGAAGGGCUUCGAAAAUGAGGAGGCUUCAAUGAAACUAUAUCAUAAAGCCGACAACAGUUUAGCCAGCUUUCAUGCGCCGUGCACGCUAGACCAAUCCUACUACCUAUCCCUUGACAAUUCUAGUGAGCGUGAUAAGGAUCAGGUCGUGAUCAAACACGUCGAACGCCAGAUAAAACUGGAGCAACAAAGAGAAAUAGAGCGACAAAGGACACCAGAGCGACAAAGAGGACGAGUGAUUCCACCAGAAGUGGAUGGCACAACGACGAUCACUGGAAGCCCCAAGAGACUUCUAAUGGUGAAUCAGAUGUGGAUUUGGAAAAUUGACGCCAUGACCCUUAUAACUGCAUUUCCUGACCGUCGACACGAAGUCCAACAACCAAACCUCUCGAUUCAAAUUUUCAAAGGUCUGGAAACCCACCCACCCCUAAGCAUGGGUUUGAUGGUAUCCCGUCUUCUGAAAUAUACGACCGAGUUUGUGGACGCACCGGCUAACGCCGGGCUAAACGAAAAUCUAUUUCACAUCUUUGAGCAGAGCAUUGCGUAUCGGGCCCAAGCAGAUGCAAAUUGCUACGCCAACUUCUACAAAUUGCAAAACGAGUUGAUCAGCUUGAGCAGGGAGACCGUACCACACAACCGCAUAAAAGCGCACCAGCAGAGAAUGUUAGAAACUGAAAGUAAAAUAUGCGACAUCACGAGUGAGAUGCAGCAUCUCUGCGAAAUCAAAGACGUCAAGGAUGAGCUCAGAAUGAUCCAGAGGGUUUUGGACGACCAGUGGGAUGUUAUUGACCAAUACCACGCAGGCCAUGAAGAGCUGAAAUUUGAUAUCAAUCAAGAAAGAUCUAACAGCGCAGAAGCGCAGCUCCUAGGAGAGGAAGAAGAUGAACUGGACUAUACGAAAAGUUGUAUUGGAAUUCGCAUCUCCAAAGUCAAGUCCCUUGUCGCAGAUGCAACUACCGUAGAGAAUUCGCUCAAUCACCUACUUGACCUCAAACAAAAGCAGGGAAACUUAGUUAUUGUGAGGGAUACGCGCAGUCUUGCAAGCGAAGCGGAGCAAAGAGCCAAGGACAGCGCUUGGCAGAGCAAGCUGCUAUUCAUCUUUACUAUUAUUACAGUCAUUUUCACGCCUAUAUCGUUCACAUCCACGUUUCUAGCAGUCCCGACUCUGGAGUUCCCUCGCGCAAAUGGGGAGGACGUGGCUUGGAGAUGGUGGCAAGUCUUUGUCGCCAGUGUUGUCGUAGAGGUCCUCACGUUCCUUGUCAUUGCACCUUGGAUUGAUUGGAAUCGCUUUGAUUAUCCUUGGAAGAGACAAAAUAGUCAAAGGGAACAACCUGCGGCAGUAGAACAGAUGGAGGUAUGA